AUGCUCGCCGGCGAGACUCGCUGGGAUACUUUUCGUUAUGAUGUGAACCAUAUCUUCGACAGAAUGGCAAGAAGCAGCAUUGCUCAGGCGGGUUUUGUGAUUGUUUGCAUUACAUUGUUUGUACCAAAUGCGCAACCAAGAGCGCGGUAUUCGAUGCCAUCGCCUAGGCUUAUCCAGAAGUCUCUAACUCCGAUUUACUACGAGUUGUAUCUGCAAUGUCCGCAUCAAAUAUGCCCAGACAGUAAAGAUUACCCGGAAGAACAAAUUUUGCAUCUAAUGAAGAACACCAAAAACAUGCAAGGAUUUUUCGGAAUAGUUUUGAAUUCCACCUACGACGCCACGGAUAUUGCUAGCAGAUCAAACUUUUUCCGAGGGAGAGUUCAGAAUCUUUGCGAUCCGGAGUCGCCUCAAACUCACACACCCCGGGUUCUUCGAAACGUCCAUGACGAGUGGAAAUUUGUGGUGAAUGUCGAUGGAUUUAAUCAAAGAUUUAUAGCUGAAAUGUGCAGAAACAACGUCCGUUCACGUGCUGGAAAAUCUAACGAUUACUGCUCUGAAUUUGGGGCGAAAUGCAAACAAAACCAUCAGGAAGUCUACCUACUUACUUACGAAAACGGAUUCAUCGAUUUCGAUAAGUUUCGUGUACCAACCACUUGUAAUUGCGAUUGUACUUAA